AUGGAUAAUCCAGCAGAUGAUGACGAAUUUGUGGUAGAGUCUUCACAGGCUCCCACCCUGCGCUCUAAUGUUAGAAAAGACAGGAUAAGUUACGCUGCAUAUCUUCCAAGGCCAAGGCAAAGGAAGCCAAGGCAGAGGAAAGAUCGACAGAAACCACCUCUGAAGAAGAAUUCGCCGAACUUAAAUGAUUUGAACAAACACAAUUUUGUAGAGACAAACCCAACAUCUCGAAACGCACCGGAAGAAACGCUCAUACUGAUGAGUGGCACAUCGUUCCCCACAGCUUCUGCUCCAUUAAAGGCACGUUCGACCGAACGUAUCGAUAGGUGUCCUUCGUUGGACUUGUUUCAACAUCAGGAACAGCAGGUUUCGCGAUACAUCUUCCAUCAGACAGCAAGCGUGCAGCAGGAGGAGCAAGAUUUGGAUCGACUUUUGGACGGGUUUAAGGCGAGUUACGAUGUAGUGAGCAAACGUGUGACAAGCACACCUUACCAUUCCACGGCUGAUAGAACCACCAACGACCGUCCGAGUCUCAUGGAGUCUUUAGAGAUCGCGAGUGAUGCGCAAGAGCUUCACCUCAUUGGACCACCGUACCGCACCGAUCAGAACGGCAUUAAAUCAACUGAAAUUUACUAA